GCGGCGGGACGCGCCAUGGCUCUGCCGGGUGGAAAUAAGGAUAACAUCAGAGCAGGAUGCAAGAAGUGUGGCUACCCUGGUCAUCUGACAUUUGAAUGUCGAAACUUCCUCCGAGUAGAUCCUCAAAGAGAUAUUGUUUUAGAUGUCAGCAGCACUAGCAGUGAAGACAGUGAGGAAGAAGAACUACAGAGAUUGCAAGCCAUGCGUGAAAAAAAGAAUUUAAAUGAGGAGGAAGAAAAAAAGAAAAAGCAAAGAAAAAGCAAAGAAAAAACGAAAUUAAAGAGACCAAGGAAAAGAUCUUCUUCAUCAAGCGCAGCUGAAGAGGAUGAGCCAAAGUCAAAAAAACAAAAAUCACACAAAAAAGAAAGGGAAAAGGAAAAAAAGAAUAAAUCUAAGAAAAGAAAACAUCAUAAAAAGGAGAAAAAGAAGAGACGAAAGGAAAAAAGUUCAUCUUCUGAUAGUUCAGACAGUUCUAGUAGUGACUGAGGUGCUGGCCUAUUUUUGUGUUCACUUUUGCAGAGAAGAUGAUUUUCCUUUCAAAUCAAACUUAUUUAUGCUUUGCAAUGCUGUUGUUCUAAAAGGAGAUUAUAUAUAUUUUUAAGAAAUCUAUUUGCAAAUAUCAGUGUUUCAAAUUAUUAAAUGGACCAUUUGGGAAAAAAUCUGCUCUUCUAUUUCAAGUUUAUUAGUACUAAACCAUGCAAGUUUCACUAGUUCUUCACUCUUGGUUCAGUUGUGAUUAGUUGUGUUUGGGAUCCUUUACACUAGGAUAUGGUAAACAUCAGUUUGCAAGUCUUUGUGUAGACAGAUUUGGACUUAAAUAUGCUUAAUGUCAGAAUGGUUAAAUCGAAUUUGGAAAUUCAAGUGAGAUUUUCUGUUCUGUUAUCAUUUAAAUAAAUGCAUGUUUUGCAUAACU